ACAAGGAAAUCCGGCAAACAGUUCAUGGUCGCUGGCAGCAGGUUGACACCUCAUGCAAAUUCUGAAUCUGAACGAUUGAUAGCAUAUGGCCGUAAUACCUGGUUGUUUUUUUCUCAAGCUGUCCGCGAGCGGGCUUGCAUACAUGUGAUAAAGGAGGGAAGUAAAGCGGAGGCUUGUGUUCUGUUUUUGUUUCUCCGCCCACUCCGGAACACCGAAGCGAGCGUUCGUUCGUUCGUUCUAUGUCUUUUCCGAGGUGACGUGGAGUCGCGCGCCUCUCAAUUCCUCGCUUUCUCGCGCCGCUGUUUGUGUUUGACGUAAAUGGCUCGUUCGCGUGUCUGACGCUCGAGCGCAUUUCGUCGACGGUUCCUCCCAAUGUUCCGCUGCUAAGUCGAUCUAUUCUCUGAGCUCCGGCGUCGACGCGUUCCGAGAGACCGUCGGGGCCCGGGUUCGAACAGGUUUGUUGGACGCCUCAGCCGCAUUAUUAACGAAAUGACAAAAGGUCGCAAUGGCAGCGCUAUGAGCUCGUCUGCUUUGACAUUUCGGUGUGACGGAAAUUGGAGAAGUGACAGGAAAUGAGGUUUUACGGCUCUACUAACAGUACAACUCGGCUCCUUUUUAAAUGGGAGCAUAUUAAAAGCCAAUGCAAAUAUAUCAGCGUUGCGUUCUGGAGUUGUGGAGUUAUAAUGUAGCGUACGCAAAUGUAUCUGGUGGUCUGUUCAUUGAAAUAUUGCGCUCAGUUCAUCACAAAGUGUUUAAAGACCCACUUAAAUGUUACGGAGUCACUGGUUUGAUGGUUCACUCGUCUGACAGACCGUGUGGGUUCGAUCAUCACUCAGAGUUAUGCGCUGUAGAAGAGGACACUCGCCAGGUCGCCGCCAGAGGACGAUGAGCCUGCCUCGCGUCUUGGUCCUGUGCUUCCUCACAGCCGCGGCGCUGGGCUACAAGCAGGGGGACAACGUGACGGUCUAUGUCAACAAAGUGGGUCCUUAUCAUAACCCUCAGGAGACGUAUCACUUCUACACCUUGCCUGUUUGCAGGCCAGACAAGGUGCAUCACAAGUCUCUGAGUUUGGGAGAAGUGCUGGACGGUGACCGAAUGGCCGAAUCGUUGUAUCACAUUCGGUUUCGAGAGAAUGUUGAGAAGAAAACGCUUUGUCAGCUCACGCUUUCAGAGAAACAGGUAGACCAGCUCCGCGAGGCGAUCGAAGAGCUGUACUACUUUGAAUUUGUCCUGGACGACAUUCCGAUCUGGGGCUUCGUGGGAUACAUCGAGGAGAGCGGCUUCCUGCCGCACAGCCACAAAGUGGGUCUGUGGACUCACCUGGACUUCAACAUCGAGUACAACGGCGACUCUGUGAUCUUCGCCAACGUCUCUGUGAAGGAGGUCAAACCCGUCCCUCUGGAGGACGGUGCCGGAGCAGCCCUGGGCGGCGUCGGGGUGGGCGGGGGAAGCCUGACGGUCAUUCACACGUACAGCGUGCGCUGGUUCGAGUCCCCGCUGACCCACGCCCGCCGAGCGGAGCGCCUUAGGGACUACUCGUUCUUCCCCAAAACAUUAGAGAUCCACUGGCUGUCCAUCAUCAACUCGCUGGUGCUCGUGGUGCUGCUGCUGGGCUUCGUUAUCAUCAUCCUCAUGCGGGUUCUGAAGAACGACUUUGCCAGGUAUAAUGUCGAGGAGGAGGCAGGCUGCGAUGACCCGGACCAAGGAGACAUCGGCUGGAAGAUCAUACACACUGACGUCUUUCGGUUUCCCCCUUACAAAAGCUUGCUUUGCGCCGUGCUCGGAGUGGGGGCCCAGUUCCUUACCCUUGCUACAGGAAUCAUCGUCAUGGCACUCCUGGGAAUGUUCAAUGUGCACCGCCACGGCGCCAUUAACUCCGCGGCCAUCGUCUUGUACGCCCUGACCAGUUGUGUGUCGGGUUACAUCUCGUGCAGCUUUUACACACAAAUUAACGGGAGGCGCUGGGUGUGGAACAUCAUCUUGACUUCGUCGCUCUUUUCCGCUCCUCUGUUCCUGACUUGGAGCGUCGUCAACUCGGUCCACUGGUGGAGCGGCUCCACGCAGGCCUUGCCGGCCACCACCGUGCUCCUCCUCCUGGGCGCCUGGGUGUCGGUGGGCUUCCCGCUCACCGUCAUCGGCGGCAUCGUCGGCAAGAACCGAGCGGGCGGCUUCCAGGCUCCGUGCCGCACUCGGAACAUCCCUCGGCAGAUCCCUCCGCAGCCCUGGUACAAGCACGCCGCUGUGCACAUGGCCAUCGGUGGCUUCUUGCCAUUCAGCGCCAUCUCCGUGGAGCUGUACUACAUCUUUGCCACAGUGUGGGGCAGGGAGCACUACACACUCUAUGGCAUUCUGCUGUGCGUCUUCGCCAUCCUCCUCUCAGUGGGUGCCUGCAUCUCGGUGGCCCUCACCUACUUCCUGCUGUCCGGCGAGGACUACCGCUGGUGGUGGCGGAGCGUGCUGAGCACGGGCUCCACUGGCCUCUUCAUCUUCGUUUACUCCGUGUUCUACUACAGGAACAGGUCCUCCAUGAGCGGCCUCGUGCAGAGUACGGAGUUCUUCGGCUACUCUCUGCUCACGGCGCUGGUCUUCUCCCUGAUGCUGGGUAGCGUGUCCUUCUGGGCCUCGCUGGCUUUUAUUCGCUACAUCUACCGCAGCCUUAAGAUGGACUAGGCACGCGUGCUAAAGCUGUUAAAAGCGCUUAUCUCACCACACCGAAGGGUGGUCUUUGUUCCCCUGUUCUUUUCAUGCUCAUGCGCACACACACACACACACACCACAUGAGAGAACAUACUGCGGGGUAGACUGGAGCCAGCGGUUCAAGUUGAGGAGCAGCCACCAUUUAUCACGGAUUGUCAGAUGAAGGAUGCAUCUGGGGCUGGUGUAUAAACAAUAAAAUGGAGUAACAGAGGGAUGUGACUUGUGGGACGCCCCGAACAAAUAGUUUCGGCCAGCACUUUAGUGUACGCGAACGUUGACAAACUGUACUUUGGGUUGCACAGAAUGACUUGCAAUACGAUUCUUUUUGAGAGCAACGGUUUUCAUUGGUCCUUCAGAGGAUGCCUUGUAAACAGUGUUGCAUAAUCAAGGGAGCGAUAUUGACAUGGUG